AUGGCUGCCCCACGCAAGAGGACGAACAACAUUGCCCGCCGCAGGCGGCUGGACGAUGAGGAUGAGGGCCAGUCGGUGGCAACCCUCGCCGACGACUCGCAGAGCGAAGCUUCAAUCUUGAGCGACGUCGACGAGGACGCCGAUGCCGACAACAGCGACCUGAGCGAAGUCGACAGCGCCCCGUCACGCACCCCAGGCAAGACGAAGCGGAAAGCAAAUGGCGCCCGAGAUGCGAAGCCCCUGCAACACGUGGUGGCUGCCCGGCAACCCUCGCCGCCUAUUGCUCGCUCGGAUGCCGCUUUCACGACCUCAAAAGAGACGGAGAUGAUGCUGAGCGGCCUGAAGAUUGCAGACAAGGCCAACGAAGUCGAAGCAGUCGAUUUCGAGACGGGGCACCCAGUAGGCGAGCCGGCACCCGCUGUGAGUGCCCCGUCAUCACGGACAGAGACGUUGGGGGAGCGCCGGCGGCGGGAGCAUGAAGAGUACAAGAAGAAACGCGACUCAGAUCCCGCCUUCAUACCAAACCGCGGGGCCUUCUUCAUGCACGACCAUCGGCACUCGCCUGCCCAAAACGGCUUCAGACCAGGCGCCGGUAGAGGGCGAGGGCGGGGAGCCCCUGUUGGGGGGCCCUUCUCCCCAGCAAACUUGAGACCGCAGCCCCCUGAAGCUACUGACUCACCGUGGCAGCACGACCUACACGAGACCGUCAACGCACCAGGCUCCCAAGCCCAGUCUACCCCUUCUACCAGUGCACCCGCACACCACGCGUCGAAUGGCUUCCAACAAUCGGCAAGAGCACCGCUUGUGCCUGCCUCAAAUACUUCCCAGGGUCGCAACUUCUCAACUACCGUGCACACACAUAAUGCCCUAGUCCGGGUAUACUUGCCCAACAUGAAGGCACCUAUACUGUUCCAAAAUGUCCCCAUCAAGCAACAUACUCGCCUUCCGAACCACCGCCCUCCGCUCCGACGCGACAAGCCCGUCCGUAUAUCGUUGCCUCCGGCUCCACCGCGGUACAUAUUCCCCACCGUGGAGCGAUCCUUCAUCUUCAUCCCGCGAGCGCUUCGACCCAAUCAGCAGGGCUUUGGCCGGGGCCGUGGACGAUUUGGCUCGUUCGGCGGAGGCUUCUCGAGCAGGCGAACGAGCGCAUACGGUGGCAGCGUCUAUUCACCCAGCGUCACCAUGAGUAGGCGGUCUUCGAUGGCUCGAGAGAUGGGUCGCGACGGUCUAGUAUCUCCUGCUGGUUCCAUCAUGUCUCGGAAUGGCGGUUUCGUGGAUCCCAGCCGACCAGUCGUACGACUACCGCCUGGUGGCCCUAGGAUGCCUACCGGACCAUCACUUGUCUCUCCUACAAACGGCAUGCCAGUGCAACCUCCAUACCCCCUUCCGCAGAAGCCAACCUUCCGCGAGAACUGGCAAGGCCAGCUUCCCAUGCAUCAACCUCGUCCCCAGAAGACUGUGUCUGUUGCUGGCAUCGAGUCCCCUGCGUCCAUGUCUUUUAACCCACCACAACAGCAGGAACAACAACCCUUCCACCAGCAGGUUCCUGCGCACAUGAAUGGAGCCGGCCCAGCCACGGAGCAGCAGCCGUUUUAUCAACAUACUCGCCAACUCUCUUACCCAAGUCAGGUGUCAACUGGUACGCCUUUAUCUAAUAUACCCGAGCGAGCAAUUCACGCGCCCGCCUUUCAACCUUACGCACAGCCUGGCUACCAGCCUCAAGCCUUCGUGCCCCAGGGCUACUACUACCCACAGAACGGUGCGCAGCCUCAGUAUAUGGCUCCUGCUGGCAUGCCACCCAUGUUCGUUGCAGGUGCUCAGCAACCCGGCUACGCCAUGCCGGUAACAGCACCCGCCGCCGCCGCUCCACCGGCCCCUACUGGCCCGCCAAACAUGGUUGCGUAUGAAUCCAACGGCAUGACGUUCUACGUAGACUCCGCUCAACUGUAUCCGCCGCCUAUCGAAGGUUACGCUCAGCCAAGUUAUGCUGUACCUGGCAUGGGCGGUAUGAUGACGCCAGGACCAGACGGGGCAUACUUUUACCCUCAGCAGAUGCAGUCGGCGAACUACUAUCCUACGCAAUAG